AUGAGAAAGGACAUUAGCAAACGCGACAUGAACAAGUUUUGUCGAUUCCACAAUGACUACGGUCAUGACACCGAUGAGUGCAAUAAUCUGAAGGAGGAAAUAGAGUUUCUCAUAAGACAAAACAACCCCAACUUGAAAAGAUAUGUACGACGGGACAAUGAUCGGCCCCAACGACAACAACAACAACAAGCAGUUGGAGAUGACCAACAAUUGUUACCUCCCCCCGUUGCGGGCCGUUUGGACAUUAUAUCUGGAGGACCUCACCUUGCGGGGAACUCCGGAAAGUCCCGAGAGAAGUACGCUCGGUCUCUGCGACAUGAACUGGGUAACGAUGUGUUGGCUGUCCAAGAGCGAGCUCCCAAGCAACCUCGUUAUGAACAUGAGUUAAUCACGUUCUCUGAAGAGGACACCAAACACGUUCGAUACCCACACAACGACCCCUUGGUAGUAGAGGUACAAAUCGCCAAUAUGAUUGUGGCAAGGACAAUGAUUGAUAAUGGGUCAUCAGCCAAUAUCCUCUUCAAGUCCUCAUUGGAAAGGAUGGGUUUGGGAGCAAAGGAUUUAGAGCCACCGCGAACAUCUCAUCUAUGGAUUCACAGAAGUGGUAUGGCACCUACUGGACUUAUUAAGUUACCAUUGACAAGGGGAACAGCCCCCAAGAGUGUCACUAUCAUGGCCUUAUUCGUGUUUCCUACCAAGGGUGGAAUUGGCUACUUGAAGGGCAAUCAAAUAGUAGCACGAGAGUGUUACAACCUAUCCAUCACAACCAAGGAGAAAGCAGCCAAAUCCCUCAAAGCUGCGGCGAGUAGUUCUCAACAAUGA